AUGACUACACCAAAUACUGAGGCACUCCCUCAAUUUCCUGGUGAUGACACCAGACCGACCAGCAAGCGGGAGCUCGCUGGCUGGUAUUGCUAUGGUUGGGCCGCCGAAGUCUUUGUAGUAUGUGCCAUGGGCUCCUUUCUCCCCAUCACCUUAGAGCAGAUGGCUCGGGAUCGAGGUGUUCUACUCUCAGACAAAACGACCCCAUGCAGUGCGACUUGGAGUCCCUCCUUGCCACCAGAUGGGGAAAAAUUAGGAUACCAAACCCAGGCGAACGGCGGCCAAUGCAUCAUCUAUUUUCUCGGCGCCGAAAUUAAUACCGCGAGUUUUGCUUUGUACACAUUCUCAUUGAGCGUUUUGGUCCAGGCAAUCUUGAUUAUCUCAAUGUCAGGCGCUGCUGACCAUGGAACUUAUCGGAAGAAACUGUUGAUCGUCUUUGCUUUCAUUGGCUCCAUUGCAACAAUGUUGUUCUUGGCCAUUGUGCCCAGAGUAUACCUUUUAGGUGGACUUCUCGCGAUCAUCUCUAACACAUGCUUCGGGGCAUCAUUUGUCCUUCUCAAUUCGUUUCUUCCGGUUCUGGUUCGUCACCACCCAUCUGUGCUCAAAGAGGGGGAAGGAGAGAGGCCAUCAAGCGAUGUUUCGGUGGUCAAUGGCGAAGGCCGCCCUUCCCCAGGAGCGAUUGGGCAAACAACCCCAGAUGACACCACUCCCCUCCUGGAGUCUGACAGCAGAACCAAGGAGCCUUCUCACAAUAUUACUUCUCUGGAGCUUAAGCUUUCUACCCAAAUCUCAUCCACCGGCAUUGGUAUAGGAUAUAUAGGUGCCGUGAUUCUACAGGUAAUCUCAAUUUUGGUGGUUGUGGUUGUGCGCCCUCCAACAUUCGCACUGCGUGUUGUGCUCUUCUUGAUUGGACUGUGGUGGUUCGCAUUCACUAUCCCCGCUGCUUUGUGGCUGCGUACUCGGCCCGGCCCGCCUUUAUUAGGCACUGACGGCAAACCACUUGAUUCAUGGAUAGCCCACAUUGCCUACGCCUGGAAAUCUCUCGGCAAAACUGUAAUGCGGGCGCGACGACUCAAAGACAUCGGGAUCUUUCUUGCUGCCUGGUUUCUGCUCAGCGACGGAAUUGCGACUGUCAGCGGCACUGCUGUUCUGUUUGCCAAAACCCAGUUGGACAUGAAACCUGCUGCUCUGGGAUUGAUCAAUGUGAUUGUCAUGGUUGCAGGGGUAUUUGGUGCCUUCUCCUGGAGCUAUGUAUCCAGUUAUUUUGAUUUGCGUGCUUCACAGACCAUUAUUGUAUGCAUCGUUCUCUUUGAGCUGAUCCCCUUAUAUGGACUCUUGGGUUUCAUACCGGCCGUGCAACGCGUGGGACUUGGUCUUCACCAGCCCUGGGAGAUGUACCCUCUAGCCGCAGUUUACGGUCUUGUAAUGGGCGGGUUAUCAUCCUACUGCCGAAGCUUUUUCGGCGAACUUAUCCCUCAAGGCUACGAAGCGGCCUUUUAUGCUCUCUACGCUAUUACCGACAAAGGAUCCAGCAUCUUUGGGCCAGCCAUUGUCGGCUCCAUCACCGAUCGAUACGGGGAGAUCCGUCCUGCAUUUGGGUUUUUAGCUAUUUUAAUUAUUGUCCCAUUGCCCCUCAUGCUAUUAGUGGACGUUGAACGCGGGAAACGGGACGCCCUAGCACUGGGGGCUGAACUGGACGGCAUGCCUGAGGGGGCGGGAUAUGGGGCCAUUUCCCAAGCCCCUCGAGAGGGAGAAGCGGUAGGAGAGUGA